UCCCACCGCCCCACAGCGCGGGAACAGUUUGUAGUGUUGUUCAUUACGUGUACUUUUGGACAUAAAGUAAUAAUAAUAACAGUGAAACAGCGAACUAUGGAUCCUGCCGAGGUAGAAUUUCUUGCCGAAAAGGAGACAGUGAAAAUAAUCCCUAACUUCAGUUUAGACAGAAUCUAUUUGAUCGGGGGUGACCUGGGCCCCUUCAACCCGGGACUACCCGUGGAUGUCCCUGUGUGGCUGGCACUGAACCUCAAACAGAGACAGAAAUGUCGAAUUGUUCCUCCAGAGUGGAUGGAUGUUGAGAAACUGGAGGAAAUGCGAGAUCUUGAGAGGAAAGAGGAUGCAUUCACACCUGUCCCCAGUCCAUACUAUAUGGAGCUGACCAAGCUGCUAUUGAACCACGCUUCUGAUAACAUUCCUAAAGCAGAUGAGAUCCGGACACUGGUCAAAGACAUCUGGGACACACGUAUCGCCAAACUGCGUCUCUCAGCAGACAGCUUCAUCAGUCAGCAGGAGGCUCAUGCCAAGCUGGACAACCUGACUCUGAUGGAGAUCAACACCAUACGAGCGUUUCUUCUGGACUCUCUCAACAGCAUGUACAAGUUGCGUUCCAACCUGCAGCCUGGUUCCAGUAAAGGACAGUUCAUGGACUUUUGAUCACUACUGUCAAGGACCAGGUGUGCAUGUCAUCCCAAGGCUGUAAGUAAAAACCUUCCCACUGAAAUGUGCCCUCAGGCCAAACUGAACACACUAUUUUCAGAUGUGUUAUCAGAGAAUUAUCUCGUAAGUUUUUGACAUGCGUUAAUCUGUACAUAUGAAAAGACCAUGUAUGUAUGUAACUUUUAUUAGAUGUGCAUAUGUAAUUUAAUUUUGUGUUCAAAGUCACUGGUGUGUCAUUAUGUGACAGAAUAAAUGCAUUUGCGUGUUUUUAUAGUAUUGUAUAAAACAAAAUCAACUGAAGCUGAUGUGUUUUUUCAUGUUUAUAACCCCCUCGGUACUAGUUGAACAGAGUAUUUCAGAAUAUUCUAUUUUUCUUAUAUAUUGAAAUUGACACUUACAUAUAAAUGGCAAACUAAACAAUGGGUUCCUUCUUUAUUUUCAUAAAUUUUUAAGUAUGAAUGAAAAUUAUCUACUAGUCCAAGUCCCAGUGGGGUACUAGCCCUGUAUUUAACCCAUCUUAAAUACUUGGGAGCAAAAUAUAAAGUGCCUGUCCUCUUGUAAUAGACAUUUCAUAUAAAUGAACCUCAAACCGAUGCUUAUUAUAGUAUCAUUAAACAAUUUAAAUGGAUAUAUGUAUAAUUAUAACCUGUGACGUUAGUCCACUUAAAACAUCUGGCUUCUAAUCCUGAAUUAUGCUGGUAACCACAACAGUCAUUUUUGAAAUAUUUUAUUUUUCUUUUUUGUCUGAAAUCACAGCCAUAUAUUCAUAAAUACCUAAUUACUACAUUCAACAAAGAAUAUAUUACAUUACAAUGAAUUCAAACAAUUACAUUUUAAAAACAGGAUUUCACAGCAUCUAGACAUCCUCCACUGAGUAAUGGGGCUAUUGCAUGGGCGUGCGUGGGUUGGAAACGUGGGUUGGAGACAUGGGAAGGCUGUGUAAGGUGCUCACUGAACUGCACCUUCCAGAUUAUUGGCAGCUUACCUCAGCAUGCAUGCAUGCUCCCUCACACCAAUGGGCUGCACUCUUGGCUCUCUUCUGCUCCUUAUAAUGACUGACUACAGUCUGUAUCACUCUGAAAUGGUUUGGAUUUGGGCGUUAAUUCUAAAAAUAAAAAAAGUUUAACUAAAUGAAUUGUCAGAAAUGUAUUGAGAUAGAAAAGGAGUUGUCUCUGCACACCUUCCAAAUGUGGGCAAGUGAAAAGCAAUGUUCAGUAGACAGUUGUGUGCAGCAAAAUUUUCUGUAAAAGAUAGAGGUCCCUGAUCACUGAUUUUGGGUGAAAUGUUUGUGGGCAACUGCAACUUAUUCACAUGCUCCCAAAUUCUUGAGGCACUUAACAUACUGUUUGUAUGGGGCAUUUGUGCUUCAGUCUUAGUCAUAUUUCAAGAUUAACUUUAUGCACAUUUUCAAGUUUGAUUAAAUGUUUACAUUAAAAUACUUAAUUCUGUCUCUCCUUUUCAUAUCACCUGUAACUUGUGCAGCUCAGGUAAAAAGUCAAACUGGUGAUCUGUUAACCUGAAGUAUGGCAUUUUGGUAUUCCAAUCACACAGAUAACCACAAGGCAGAAAAUAUAUGAGCUCCAGAGGCGUGUCUGUUAAAUGACUAAAGUAGAGCUGAGGUGCUUGUUGAGGGGUGGACAGAUGUUGUAAACAGGUAAAGCAAACCUAUGUGAUUCUGUCUGCUAGGGAAUAACCAAGUCUGAAUCUGGUUUCUUGAGAUUUUGCAUCUUUUGUUCAUCAAAUUUUGGCAACUUUGGAUACAAUGGGUCCUUUAAAAAUGCUAAAUGCAGGAAGAAGGUGAGUCUGGUCAGAAUUAUUCAGCAGUGGAAGAUGGCCAUUCUGGUUAAAUUUUUUUGGCUACCCAAUUGUAACUUAAUUAUGAACUUCAUUUUGGCACUAUAUCCUCAAUGGCUGCUGCUAAGGACAUAAUAUCGUAAGGCGUGAUAUUUAACCGUUGUGUGGGUUGGUAAGUCCAAUGCUACAUAACGUCAUACAAAAUGAAGACUAAAGCAUUAAGGACCAGGUGUAUCAGGUGGCUGCUUGAAAGACUCUUCAUGUCUAUACAAAAUAGUCAAGCCAGUCAAACUGACCCAAGU